GCGGAGCGCCUGUCCAAUGGGAAGGUGCCGCUCGCUGAGCGACAGCCGCGCUGGCCAAUGGCGGCGCGCGGGGGUGUUUAAACCGCGGCGGCGGUUGCGGGUCACAACGGAGCAGCGGGAGCGGCGCGGCCGGGCCGGAGAAUCCACCCAGUUUGGUGGGAACCAUGGAGAAGGUGCUAGGAUCAGAGUGUGAGGAGCAGCUGGCAGCUGAUCUGAGCCCGUCGAGCUCCUGGCAGGGAUGCUGCGACAUGCCAUCGUAUUUCCAGGAUGAUCCCUAUGCUGACACAUCCAUUGUUUGUGGCACACAGCCAGCCCUUCCCAUGGAUAAGAGGGAAAACAGGAGGAUGGUGAUGAAGAGGAAGGUGCUGAGGCACAGACCUGAUGGAAGGGUGGAGGUCUCCGAUGAGUCACCGAGCAUUGAGAUAGAUAUAAACACCUAUCCAUGGAACCUGGGGCAUUCCAGGACUUACAUGGAUGACACCGUCUCCCAAGGGGAAACAGAGACCAGCAGCGGCACCUUGGAGGACUUCCUGCACUAUGAUGAUGAUGAUGACUGGUUCAUUGAAGACAGGCCCUACUCUGUCCAAGGGGAUUUUGGGAGCGACACUGCGUCCAGCCGCUCCAGGCCACGGCGACCGCCCACAGAGGCCGCUUACAUUGCUCCACAGGCUGAGAGAGUGAAGAGAACUGACCCGGUGGCCAGACUGAACGCGUACAGGAAAGACUGGGAGAGGUUCAGCUUUCCCGGGCAGGAUUCGCAUCAGAGCUUGCGCUGGGCCAUGCGGACGCAGAUGCUGCAGUCGGGGCUGCCGCGCCGGGUGCAGAAGCGCCUCGUCCCCAACACGUACGAGGUGCCCACGACGAAGAAGCGCGACUCGCUGCGCUUCGGCGUGCGCUGGGACCUGGCCAACUGCCACAUGCCCCGCCGGAGCACCACCUCCUAGAGCCACAGCCCCGCCGCUUUCUUCUCCUCAACAUCCUCUGUAGUCUGGAAAAUCCCCCCGGUGCGCUUCAAGCAGCUUAACUUUUGGUGUGGAGGAGGUUUUCUUUGCAAUGUCUCAGCAAUAUCUUUCUCAAUAAAGCAUCUGCAAAGAUU